UUCAACAUUUCUCUUUAAGAGGCAGCCACUCUAGAGCCUAACACGAAUACAAGAGACACGAUGGACGAGUUAAAACGGAUUAAAAUGUCUUCACUUCUUAUUCUGCUGCUUCAGUUUACAGGGACUGCAAUUGGACAGCGAUACCUCUACCUCUCUGUCAGAGUUGGAGAUGAAGCCAAUCUGCCGUGUAACAAUGUGACCAAUGAUCAGGAUGAAUGUAACAGUACUACCUGGCUCUUCACUGAUUCAAGAAGCUCAGUAAUUCUGGUUGAAAAUGGGCAGAUUGAUAACCAUGCUAAAUCAGACAGACUGAGAGUUACAGAGAAUUGUUCUCUGGUUGUAAAGAAGGUCACAGAGGAGGAUGCUGGUCAAUACACCUACAGACAGUACAACAAAGCAAAUCAACAACAAGGUUCAGACUCUGAUGUUUAUCUGUCUGUUGUUACCAUGACUGAGCAUCAGGACAAUGAUGAGGUGACGUUACGCUGCUCUGUGUCGAGAUAUGGAGGGUGUAGACACAAAGUGAAGUGGCUGCUUCAGGGUCGAGAUGUGGAUGAAGAUAACAACGAUAUAAGGACAUCAGCGUCUAACUGCUCUGCUUCUGUGACAUUUCUGACUUCUCAUUUUAGUUACACACCAAGGUCUACGUUUUUUACUUGUGCAGUAACAGAUGCUUACAACGUGCAGACCUUCAGGCCUCAGUCCUCAGAUGAGGACCAACAAGCAGCAACACCAACAACAACAACAACAACAAUUACAUCAGGUUACAACCCUAACCCAGUUUCAGAUUGGUGGUUGUACAUAGUUGUGGCUUUGCUUCUCGUAGCACUUCUAACAACCAUUGUGGCUUUCAUCACAUGGAGGAAAAUGAAAGGGAAAGAAGCACGGAAAAGUGACAGUGUUGGACAGACCUCAAACCCUGCAGUGAAUUCUCCAGAGACCAACCCGGCCACAGCUGAUCCUGAAGAAGGAGUUUCUUACGCCUCCAUCAGCUACACCAAGAAUACCAACAAAAAAGCUGAGGGACAGACCUCAAACCCUGCAGUGAAUUCUCCAGAGACCAACCCGGCCACAGCUGAUCCUGAAGAAGGAGUUUCUUACGCCUCCAUCAGCUACACCAAGAAUACCAACAAAAAAGCUGAGGGACAGACCUCAAACCCUGCAGUGAAUUCUCCAGAGACCAACCCGGCCACAGCUGAUCCUGAAGAAGGAGUUUCUUACGCCUCCAUCAGCUACACCAAGAAUACCAACAAAAAAGCUGAGGUUAAGAUUGAGAACGAUGCAGAUGAAGGUGACGCAGUGACUUAUUCGACUGUGAAAGCUUCCACCAAUGAUCCCAACAGCCUCUACGACACCAUCUCCUAACCACAAUCACGCCAUCACACCUUUUCUAAUCUCUGUUAAUGGUUUCAUGAUCAUUUUCAGGAUGGAUUCAUAUAAAAAGCUUCAUUUUGAUGUACCGUUUGACUAGUGGUGCAAUGUAAGAAAAAAGGGGAAGUUAUACUUAGCAUGUUUGGGUGGUUGCUUUAUAUAUAAAUGACCUCAAUACGUGACAGAUAGACUUCCUGUACAAUAGUUGUGUGCUCAGUGAUGGAUUUGCUCAUCUUAUGCUAUAGUAUGUAUUUUCAUAUUGUUAUUUUAGUAAUUAUGUUAUAUGCAAAGAAAUGCAGAAUCUGUUCUUUAGUUUCAUCUGUAAUUGUUUGAUAUGCAAUAAUUUGAUCAUGUAUGUUUUAUUUAGCUUUCCCUAUAUUGUUAUUAAAGUAUUUAAUGAUGUAAAAUGACCUAUUAUUCAGCUGGAUGCGUGCAAACUGUGGACAUCCUAAAGUAACUUUGAUUAAUGUCCCAUGAUGUCAUGUCAUGUACUGUAGGAGUUAGAAAAGGAAAUGAUGCUCUUGAGAGUAAGAAUAGAGGAAUGAUGAGGAAGAAAGUCACAAUGAGGAAGUGACUCAACACAAGAAGUAGAUAAUGCAUUUAUUUUGAGAAAGCAACCGGUUUUGAGACUCUUAAAGAUUGAGCACACAAAGGAAAGAGAAGCAGAGAUGCUCUUAUUGCACUAUUCCACUUUUCUACUAUUUUUCUUUUUGUAUUUACUUGCAUUAUUUUUUCUGUUUUAUUGUGUUGCACUGUUGGAGGAGCCUGUGACCUAAGAUUUCCACUGUCAUAUCUACACUGUAGCUAUGUAAGCAUGACCAAUAAAAGCCUUGAACCUUGAGAUGCAUGAUGGUUAAAGUCA